CCACCCCCUAACGUGCCUUCGUUCACACUGGCGCAGACCAUAGAGAGCUGAAGUUGUUUUCCGGACUUUCAUUUUCUGCUGGAAGCAAACAAAGAGGCCAGUGCGCAUUACGUAGGCUGUGGCCUUGCUCAUAACAACCCCCGCGGUGCUGAGAGGUUAGAGGACCUGAUCCCGACGGCCAGGGCUGUGUCUACAGCCAGGCCUGUGCCCAGCCCGGGAUGAGGGGGAAGUGAGAGGCCCGGCGCCACCUUCUCCCGCUCUUCCACUGCCCCGCACCCUGAGGCAGGCCAGCCACCCGCAUCUCCAGAGGCCGGGAAAUCCUUCCCCGGCCGGCCCACUUGAUCGCUGGAGCAUCCCGGCCCCGCGGUGCCCGCAGGCUCAAUCUCUGGGCAGAGCGGCCCGCGGGCGCGAUAAUGGUGCUGUGGCUGCUGAGUGUCGGGCAGAAACUGCUGCUCUGGGGCGUCUUGGGCGCAGUCUCCCUGGCGGGCGCCACCCUCACUCUCAACCUCCUGCAGUCGGUGGCGAGAUAUGCACGGAAAUGGCAGCAGUUGCGCUCCCUCCCGACCUUGGAGGGUGCCUAUCCCUUGCUGGGACACUCGCUGAUGAUAAAGCCGGACGCCAGAGAUUUUUUUCAGCAGUUAAUUCAUUUCACUGAAGAAUACCGACACCGGCCACUGCUGACACUCUGGCUCGGGACCAUUCCUCUGGUUGUCCUUUAUAAUGCAGAAGACGUGGAGGUAAUUUUAAGUAGUUCAAAGCAAAUUGAAAAAUCCUCUAUGUACAAGUUCCUAGAACCAUGGCUUGGCCUAGGACUUCUUACAAGUACUGGAAACAAGUGGCGCUCUAGGAGGAAAAUGUUAACACCCACUUUCCAUUUUACAAUUCUGGAAGACUUCUUAGAUGUCAUGAAUGAACAAGCAACUAUAUUGGUUACUAAGCUUGAAAAACAUGUUAACCAAGAAGCGUUUAACUGCUUUUUUUACAUCACUCUUUGUGCCUUAGAUAUAAUCUGUGAAACAGCUAUGGGGAAGAACAUCGGUGCUCAAAGUAAUGAUGAUUCUGAGUAUGUUCGAGCAGUUUAUAGGGUGAGUGAUUCAAUACAUCGAAGAAUGAAGGCACCCUGGCUCUGGUUUGAUUUUUUGUACUUUAUGUUUAAAGAUGGACAAGAAUACAGAAAGAGCUUAAAGAUCCUACAUAAUUUUACCAGCAAUGUCAUCACUGAACGGGCUAGUGAAAUGAAGAGAGAUGAGGAACGUAGCCAUGAUGACAAGGACAUUCCCCCACACAAAAAUAAAUGCAAGGCUUUUCUUGACUUGCUUUUAAAUGUGACUGAUGACAAAGGUAACAAGCUGAGUCAUGAAGAUAUUCGAGAAGAAGUUGACACCUUUAUGUUUGAGGGCCAUGAUACGACUGCAGCUGCAAUAAACUGUUCCCUAUAUCUCUUGGGUUUUUAUCCAGAAGUCCAGAAAAAAGUGGACAAUGAACUGGAAGAAGUGUUUGGGAAGUCUGAUCGCCCUGCUACCUUAGAAGACCUGAAGAAACUCAAAUAUCUGGAAUGUGUUAUCAAGGAGAGCCUUCGCCUUUUUCCUUCUGUUCCCUUCUUUGCCCGUAGUAUUAAUGAAGACUGUGAAAUUGCGGGUCACAAAAUUGUGAAAGACUCUCAAGUAAUAAUCGUGCCCUAUGCGCUGCAUAGAGAUCCAAGGUACUUCCCCAACCCUGAGGAAUUCAGGCCAGAACGGUUUUUUCCUGAGAAUUCCAAAGGACGACAUUCAUACGCAUACGUGCCCUUCUCGGCUGGACCCCGAAAUUGUAUAGGUCAAAAGUUUGCCAUAAUGGAAGAAAAGACCAUUCUUUCUUGCAUCCUGAGGCAUUUUUGGGUAGAAUCCAACCAAAAAAGAGAAGAACUUGGUCUAGCAGGAGAGCUGAUUCUUCGCCCAACUAACGGCAUCUGGAUCAAGUUGAAGAGGAGAAAAACAGAUGAAUCCUAAUGAUACUCUUGGGCUGUGUUCUUAUAAAACGGUCUUUCUUUAAAGGAAACUUUGCAUUUAUGCUUUGUAGAUCAUGAAUUCAGUAUUUUUAAUCUCUGGACCUUAUUUUUCUUGUCCUUACUUAUUGGAUCAAGUCUACCAGAGACAGAGUUUUCAUAUCUUUGUCACCACGGUAGCUCUGAUCCCUGGCCUUGAUCCCCAAAGUGGAGUUAACUAUUGACUAUACCCAAAUAAACAUACAAAAGCUUCUCAGCAGAGGGAUCCACAGGCCAAGUCAAUUUCAAUGGACAGACCCAAAAGAUAUAAUUUAAUUGUAGUUCCAAGAUAUUUUUAAUGUACUCUUGUUGACUCAGGAACUUAUAUUCAUAUCUAUUCAUAGACAUUUAUUUGAAAAGAGUAAGUAAGUCCUUAGACUUAAGAAGCUUGAGUUUCAAGAAUUUUAUCAGUGGUGUCAGUUCUGAAAAGAAUAGUCAUUAUGAUACUUUUCAGAUUUAAUCAUCUACAGUUGAUCAUUUAUAAGCUGACUCAUAGGUUCUGUUCCUACAUCCCUUUGGACUCUAUACUUAUAGCUCUCCUUUCAUUCCUCAGAGCAUCAUACUUCUCUUUAUAUAUCACAUGUUAUUGGGAGAGAUUCCUCUGAGUAAUCUCCAGUCCCUCAUGGUGCCUCAGGGAGUUGACUAGAGGCUUUUGGACCUGGAAGGACCUUAGAGCUUAUCUAGUUAUGCAGUGGCCACUCCCUCUCCACAGGUUCUGAAUCCAUGGAUUCAACCAACCAGAGUGGAAAAUAUUUGAACAAAAAAUUCCAGAAAAUUCCCCAGAGCAAAACUAUUUACAUAGUGUUAAGUAUUAGAAGUAAUCUAGAGAUGCUUACGGUUGGAUGUGCAUAUCCACAUGCAAAUAUUAUGGCAUUUUAUAAUAAGGGAUUUAAGCAUCCAUGGAUUUUGGUAUCCUUGGGUGAGCCUGGAACCUGGAACCAAUCCCUUGCAGAUACUGGAAGAUGACUGCCUUUUUAUUAGAAGGGAAUUGGUUCAAUGGAAACGUAGAUUUCUUCCCAAAGCCAUUCCACUACUGAGUAAUAGGACUGGCAAUAGAGGUCUUUACUCUAGAUCUCCCUACUCCCAAUAUGAUGACACUUCUGCAAUAUGCUCUUGCUUUAUGGAACUCAUGUCUAUAACUAGAUGCAUCAUUAGAACACAGAUGUUCUUCCUCUCAUUUUGGCAUAUCUCUUCUAGAAUUCUUCCAUGAUUGAAGGAAAAGAGAAGCACUUUAUCCAUAUGAAGUAAUUCAGGAGUAUCUCAGUUUAGGGUUAGACUUCCAGUAAAUUCAGUCCUCCAGAAUAUACCUGUCAAGCUGAUGACUGACAUCCAUUCCCUGAAUUUUAAUGCCAUGGACAAUAUCUCUACUCCCUUACUCAGUGACUUUAAAAAACUUUUUAAUAAAUAAUUGUCAUAGGAUUAUUUCUUUAAUUUUCUGAUGGCAAUAGCUGAUAGAAACGACAUAUUAAGAAGAUGGAAUAUAUAUUCAAUGGAUGUCAAAGAAAGACGUUACAAACCCAAAGCCAUUUGGGAAGCAUCACAGGCUGGGACAAAGCAGGGUCAGCAACUCUACCCACUUUAAUAUCCCAAAGAUCCCAGUGCAGACAACCCAGCCCCCUAAGCAGAUGAGGAAAAGUCAAGGAAAUAUAUGAUACAGUUGAAAAAGAUUCUCAUCCUAUGAUUGACCUUGUUAUCUAGAAAGUGGAUAUGCUAGAAAAUCUUGUUCCCAGAUGACUUUGGAUAAUGGGAGUUUUAUUUGUGGAAAUCAGUCUUAUUUCUCAAUUUUAUGCACUUACUCUUAAAUCUUAUUUUUUUUGUUGUUGUUGUUUUUUAAGUGACUCUAUAUUAGAUGUGAAAUUAAAUGUAAAGUAAAAUAUUGCUAAAUGUUCCCUUUUUAAAAUCUUUGUUUAGCCUCAGAAUAAUUUGUUAUUCGUAUUUUAAUUGGAAAUUUUCUGAAACUGUGUCAGAGUUGGAAUUGAGAAAUUGUCAUCUUCUGUAGUAUUGAAAUGCAGAUCCUGAUUACUUUAAAUAAAAGGAUUAUCAAAUA